AUGUCGUUCUUCGAAGAUUUCCCUAUCAACUGCCCGAUCCACGCCACGCGUUUCGCAAACCCAACGGAUCCACCGCGACCUGGUGACCUGGGAAGGAUGGUGUGCGUUUCACCGAGUUGCUGGAACAUUGAUCCCGACGAUGAAGAGAUCGUGGAGGAACUGGACGAAGGCACUUUGGUGAAAGUCGAGGAGGUCAAGAAUCUGUACCAAGAGGGCAGAAUCCGCGCUCGAUUGGAAGCGCCAGAUGGUUGGAUCACCCUGUUGAACUCCGAGAAUGGCAGGCGCUGGGCCAUGAAAGCCGAUGAAGUGCAAAAUUGUUCGCUUCCAGAGGUCGUUGAGGAAGGCAGCGCCGACGAGGAGGAGGCUUUGGUCCGAAGUUUCAGGGAGUCAGAGACACCGGUCUCUCGAAGCACUUCUCCCGAGGAGUUGAUUGAGGAGGUCUCGGAGUCGAGAUUGAGCCCCACAGAUUUUGGAGCGAAAUCAGAGGCUGAGCCAAGCGAGGCUGCUGAGGAGAUGGAGGAAGCUCUAGAGGUCGCGCGCGACAGCGGUGCUUUCACCCAAGCCGCCGAAGCCAGAUAUGGUGCCGUGGAAGCGGCAGAGAUCAACGAGGUCUCUGGCGAGCGUGCGGCCAGCGUUUCCAACGCACCUUCUGUGGAGGAGGAUUUGGAUGUGGCAGCUGCGGAGGAGCUGAGUCAGCCUGCAGAGGUUGAGGUCCCAGAGAGUCCUAGAGAGGUCUCAGAGGCUCCUGGUCCUGAGACAGAGGCCGAAGAUCUUCCAGAGGAAGAUGGCCCCGGCCUGUAUAUCUUGACAAGGACCGCCUUUGUGUCGCCCAGCUGUGAAAAUCUGGAUCCAGAUGACGAUGAGUUAGUAGAUGAGCUCGAUGAAGGCACCCGGCUACAAGUGCUGGAGCUGGUCGAUCUCUCUGACGAAAAUCGUCUGCGGGCGCACAUUGCGGAGCCUGAUGGGUGGAUCACGUUGGUUAAUACCAGCACUGGAAGGCGUUGGGCAGACAAACUGGAAGCGUCGCUGCCACCGCUUUCGCCGCCAGAGGUCACUUCCCCUGUGGAUGCUAGUGAAGCGGACAGUGUGGAUGAGGAAGGCGAAGGUCUCUACGUUUUGACCAGGACAGCUUUCGUCUCCCCGACAUGCGAGAACAUCAGCCCGGAGGACAAUGAAAUCGUUGAGGAACUUGAAGAAGGCAGCAGGGUGCGCGUGUUGGAGCUGGUGGAAGUUGAGCAACGCCUGCGGGCACGGCUGGCGCAUCCGCAGGGCUGGAUCACGCUGCGGAACACCGAGACGGGGAGGCACUGGGCCGUGAGACAAGGUGAAGAGCGCUCCAGUGGCGAGAGCGAGGUGUCUGAAGAUGAAACGGAAGAUGAAACGGAAGAUGAAACGGAGGCAGCACUUUCUCCAGCUUCGCCAACUCACGAAACGUCAGAAGUGGAGGCAGACGUCGACCGGGCCGAGACCGCCGUGGAGUCGGAGAGCGACGUGGAGUCGGAGAAAGAUGCCGAGUCGGAGUCAGACAUGGAGGAUGCGCCAAAACCUGGGUUAUACCUCUUGACAAGGAUUGCAUUCGUCUCCCCCAGCUGUGAGAAAAUCGACCCGGAGGAUGAUGAGAUCCUGGCAGAGAUCAAUGAAGGCACCUUGAUCCAGGUCGACGAGGUGAAACACCUUCGGGAGCAGCACCGGCUGCGCGCCCGCCUGGCACAUCCUGCCGGGUGGAUCACCCUGGAGAACACGGAGACCGGGAAGCGUUGGGCGAGGAAGCAAGGAGAAGUUGAAGAGGACAUUUUGGAACGAGACGACAGUUCUGCUUCGGAGCUGGAGAGCGAUGUGCUUUCCCCCACCGAAGCCGAGACGAAGGAGGGUGACGAGGUAGAUCCAGACUCUGCAGCAGAGGUUGAUGAUGGAGCCAUUGAUACCUUCGAGGACGAUGACGGCACAGAGGAGGGUCCCGGCGUCUACGUCUUGAAGAGGAUGGUCUUUGUGUCUCCCAGCUGCGAAAAUCUUGACCCCACGGAUGAUGAACUGGUGGAGGAGCUUGAAGAAGGCACCUUGAUUCGCGUCACCGAAGUGGUCUUGUUGGAGCGUGAGCAGCGCGUGCGCGCGCGCCUGCUUCGACCCAAGGGCUGGAUCACGCUACGCAACACGGAGACUGGAAGGUGUUGGGCCAAGCGGCGGGGAGCACCAGAACCACCCGAUGCCGCGCGGCCACAGCGAUACGGAGGAUGUUCCACCUGCACCACCGUCGUGGAUGGGCAUGGCCCCUUGAAGUUCAAGCGGCUGGUGUCCAACAGGGACAUGGUGGUGAUUCCAGAUGUGGGCUCCAUCUUCGGUGAGGUGGAAGUCUGCAUGAAGUCCAGCGAGGUUGCGGGGAUUUCAACGACACCGAAAUUUCAAGCGUGCCACCAAAUCGGCGACUAUGUGGUGCUCCAACCCAGUGUCGUGGUAUCACCCGAUGUGCAGAACUUCCUUCCCAGCGAUGACGUUUUAGUCGACGAGUUGGAGCAGGGCCAGGAGAUCAAAGUGGUGGAGAUCUUGGAGCUACGCGAUGAGAAGCGUGUGCGUGCAAAGAUCGAAGAGCCCUGUGUGGGGUGGAUCACCCUGAUGGAUCCCUUCGGCACGCGAGCAGCCAUUCUCAAAGAGAAUUGGUGCUCAGACCCUGCAGUGCUGCAGGACGAUGCUCCGGGACUCUACGUCUUGAAGAGGAUGGUCUUCGUUUCGCCCAGCUGUGAAAAUAUCACCCCAGAGGAGGAGGAAAUUCUAGAGGAGUUGGAAGAAGGCGUAAUUCCAUUGAAUAUGGAUAUGGGCAAGGUUGGCUAUGCCUUCGGCCGAGCCGACCUGAUAGGGAAGAUGGUGCGCGUGGAGGAAAUCGUUCAGCUGCCGCACCAGCUGCGGGUGCGCGCGCGCUUGGCACAUCCAGCGGGCUGGAUUACCUUGCUGAAUCUGGAGACGGGAAGGCGCUGGGCGACGAAGGCGGAUGAGACCUUGCCGGAACAGCCAGGCCUCUACGAACUGCUGGCGCCUGUCACUGUCUCGCCCUCUGCAGCCCUGUUGAUGCCAAAUGAUGAGCAGGUGGUGGAGGAUUUAGAGAAGUUCAGCAGAGUUCAGGUGCUGGAAAUCCUCAAAGUCGAGGAACGCAUUCGCGGCCGCGUGGCAAAUCCCUCUGGCUGGAUCACGCUGCGCCACGCGCAGAGCGGGCAGCGCUUCGCGCGGUUCUUCGCGUGA